GGGCGGUGAAAACAGAACUGGCAGACCUUUCUUCAGCUUCUUCAGCUUCAUCAGCUUCAUAUCGAUCCAUCUUCGCGUCAGUUACACAAACAUGACAGGCGAUCCUCUCCUGGCGCCUGUGGCAUCUGCCAACAGCACGGCCCGAGCCUUUCUUCCCACUACAUCGUCAUCUUCGCAGAUCUUCAGUUAUGCCCUUGUGCUGCUCGUCUCGUAUCCCAUUCUCAUCUCCCUCCUGCGUUUUCGACGAGUGAAUCGCCUCCAUCAGAAAUAUGCCAAAUAUUCCACCCGCGAGUCUCUGGCUCAGAUGACGGACGAUGAAGCCUUCGAGAUCCAGCAGGCGAUGGUGAAAUUCGAGUUUCCUUUCUUCUUCAUCACAGCGCUUCAGUUUGCUCUCUUCAGGACAUAUGGAAUACCCAGCAUAUCGAAACUACUCGUCAAGACCGGCGAGUUCUCCAACGCCGAAACUUCGUUCAAACGCUACUCCGAUACCAAUAUCUUGAUCCAGGAGUUCAUGGGCAAUGCGCCGACCUCGAAGCGUGCAUACAGCGGCCUUGCGCGCACCCGGUAUAUGCACAGCGGCUACCGCGCGUCUGGAAAGAUCCUAGAUGAUGACAUGCUGUAUACGCUCGGCCUUUUCGCCAUCCAGCCUGUCCGCUUCGUUGAGAGUUAUGAAUGGCGCAAGAUGACGGACCUCGAGAGAUGUGCAAUGGGCACCUUCUGGAAGAGUGUGGGCGAUGGCCUGGAUAUCAGUUACGACAAACUCCCAUCGGGCAAGACGGGGUUCCGCGAUGGAGUUCAGUGGCUCGAGGAAAUCGCCGCCUGGAGCGACGAGUAUGAAGCCCAAAAUAUGGUUCCGCAUCCUGCAAAUCGCGAGACCGCCGACCAGACAACCCCUGUGAUCCUAUAUAUGGUCCCCAAGCCACUGGAGCAAUUUGGUUUGAAAUUCGUUUCCUUCAUGAUGGACGAACGGCUACGAAAAGCCAUGUACUAUGACCCACCAUCUCCAUCCCAAGCCAAACUAUUCUCAUCUCUCCUAUCUAUCCGCAAAUUCACAAUGCGCUACCUUGCCUUUCCCCGUCCUAACUUCCUCCCUUACGAGACCACAACUAAUGAACCUGACGAAAACGGCCGAUUCUUCGUCACCAGCUGGGACGCGGACCCAUACUACGUCAAGCCCUCUCUCUGGAAUCGAUGGGGCCCUAUUGCAUGGAUAACCUGGGCCCUGGGUCGUCCGCUGCCGGGAGAUGAAGGGGGCAAGUACUACCCACAGGGCUACCAUACUGAGAAUGCAGGCCCCAAGUCUUUUGAAGGAAAGGGUCUACCGUAUCUCGAAAAGACAGUAGAGGAGUACAAAACUUCCCGGACGGGCAAAUGCCCGUUCCAUUAGCUUAUAUAGUGUUAUGUCUGUCCAUUUUAUUUCGUUGGUAAAUGGGCUGGCGUAGUUGUCUUAGGAUAUACUAUCAGGCUAGUUUUAAGGGCUGUGCAGUGCAGUGAAGUCAUCAUCAAAAAGCUCAGCUUUUGUUCAAUUUACCAGCGGCAACCUCAAUAAUAAAAGUGAUUACAAGUAUCCACAUUUGAAAAGUAGAUGUACUGGGUGUAUUGCUUUUCAAUAUGUGCUAUUCAAGUUCGAUAGUUUCAAGACCUCUGAAGGUCAUUUGGGAAUUAGAAACAGGAAAGAAAAUUAAGAGCGCUCAAACAAAAUAUUCAGGUAGGGUGAAGGCCGGUAAGACAGGCCACUCCCGUAGAGAACGUGGGUUUAUGAGGGGUAUUACUGAGCAGGUCUCAAUUCAAGUCACUCAAGACCAGUAAUUUAUUCCUCACCCUCAA